AUGAUAAGGGCGCGCUUUUAUCCACCGCACAUUCAGAGAGCAAAAGAGGAUGAGUUUAGUGCCUUGGUGCAGGGCAAUAUGACGGUGGAAGAAUACUUCACGCGUUUUAAUGAAUUGGCUGCCUACGCUCCGGAUUUGGCAGCGAAUGAUCAGUGCAAACUGACAAGAUUUUUUUGUGGACUGAAUAGAGACCUUCAGCGGUUCUUAGCCGGCUUCAGUGUGUCGACCCUUCAAGAGGCGUACGAGAAAGCAGCUAACAUCUAUCAGGCAAAUCGAAUAGCGUAUGAUGAGCGGAGGGAUGGGGCCCGCAUGGCAGAUAGAGGAAAAGGGAAGGUGAGCGAGGGUUUGAAGAACUAUAACCAAAAGGAUCAAUCGGAGAGGUUUUCGGGUACACCCUAUGCAUCUCGCCCUAAAUUCACUCAGGGGAAUUCGAGUGACAAUCGUGGAGGUCCGACUGUUUGUAGCAGAUGUGGAAUAUCUCAUCCUGGAGUUCGUUGUGACGGCCAGCCCAUCACUUGCUAUUACUGCCAUGAGCCGGGACAUGUUAAGAGGUUUUGCCCCAAGUUAGUUGGAGCUCCGAAUGCAUUUGAGAGGACCCCGGUUCCACAGCAGCAAGGUCGUACAUUGCCAUUGGCACCUCGGCGUGCAAGAGGAGGGGGAAGGAGUGGCCAGAAAGGUCACAUUAAUGUCAUGACGAGAGGGCAAGUUGUGGAGAACCAGGGAGACGUCAUGACCGGUACGUUCUUGGUGAAUUAUUUACCUGUGGUUAUUCUCUUUGAUUCCGGUGCAUCCCUUUCUUUCAUAUCGAGUAGAUGUGCUAAGAGGUUCGAAUUAGAUUCUCGAGUAGAGGUUUCGGUGGAGAUUAGGCUUUCUUCAGGAGAGCUAGUGCCUUGCAAUUGUCUUUUCGUAGGAGUGUCUAUAAUGAUCGGAGGCAUAGAAUUCCCUACUAAUGUUUUGAAGCUUAAAUUGGCGGAGUUCGAUAUCAUUUUGGGUAUGGAUUGGUUGGCUACCUAUCAGGCCAGAAUAGAUUAUGGUGGGAGAAAGAUCUUUCUUCGGAGCCCUUGCGGUGGAGAAGUUGUGUAUGAGGAGAUUCCUUAUCGCCCAUCGAUUAAGAUAGUGUCUGUUGUCUCUCUGCAUGAGUUAACUCGUAAAGGUCACCCGUUGUUCCUAUGUGAAGUGCAUGAUGUCUUGGGAGAUGGGAGUCAGCUUUUGAACAUGCCGGUGGUAAAAGAGUUUGCGGAUGUAUUUUCUGAUGAGAUACCAGGUAUGCCGCCUCACCGUGAGAUAGAUUUCACGAUUGAUAUAAUUCCAGGAGCAGAACCGGUGUCUAAGGCUCCCUACCGUAUGGCACCUAAGGAGUUAGCCGAAUUGAAUGAGCAGCUUCAAGAGUUGUUGGAAAAAGGGUAUAUCCGGCCGAGUAAUUCUCCUUAG